UCUAAAACAGCCGACAUCUAAAGCUUGACCUGAUUUUGGUCUAUUUCAGAGGAAACACCUUUUCUCUCACCUGCUGAGAAACUUUUCAGAUUGUAUGACGGCGUAGAGACAUUUGUGAUGUUUAUCGGAUACCAGCGCAGCUGUCACAGCCUAGUGGCGGCCAUGUUGGAUGCCCACCCAGAAAUUGUUAUCUCACCUGGGUACCAGCUGAUAGAGAAAUGGGAACAGUACCAGUCACCAGAACUUAAGGAGAAACGCAUGCAAAAAUAUCGUUUAUUUUACGAUCUUCACCAGCAUUCCUUGGAGCAUGCUAUGUUCAUUACACGUGCUAGCAGCGAAAGUUGCCUGAGGCAAGAGUCAAAGUACAACUACCAUAUUCCGGGUCUAUGGCAAGGAGGAUUUCAGCACAGAAUUAAGGUUAUCGGUGACAGGAAAGGGAAGGAUACUGCACUGGCAUUGACCGACAAGAUGAGUAUUCUAGACGAAAUCCGUGAAGUCAUCCAAGUACCAAUCAAAUUAAUACACGUCAUCAGGAAUCCCUUUGAUAACAUAGCAACCAUGAUGCUUCAUGCUGUAGAGUCAGGUGACGCUGUAAGAGGGGGUGGAUUAAAAGUGAGGGCCAGGAGGAGAUUCCUAUAUAAAAAGGUCGGGGAUGCUCCUCGGAAGUUCUGAAUUAAAGUCCUAACGGAGACCAAUCUGCGCGUGUCUCGAGCUUUAUUUGACCUUUAAAAGAUAGUUUCGAUUUCCAGCCGCUGUUCAGGAGAGGAGCCCGCGCUGGUACACCGGACUAGCGAGACCGGCGGAAAUCGAGCCUAAAAACGGAAAUAAGAGUGUUUUUUUUUUUAUAAUUUUUUCUUCGACUACACCCUAAGCGAGAUCAGAAUCCUUGAUUUAUACCCCUAAGCGAGACGAGGAGCAUCCUCGACCUUUUUAUAUGGGAGUCCCUACGGGGCAACAAGACAUGUAUUUCACUCGCGCGUUCACUCGAACUUAGAUGAUGACGAGGUUAAUUAAUGUGUUUAUGAAAUCGUGGAGACAACAAAACAAACGCGCUGGAACCUUAGAACAUGAAGAAUUUAAUGAGAAUACGGAUUGCUGGUCAUGUUUAAAUAGUUGGAUGCAAACACUAGAGAAAGUUUGGGAGAACUGGAAAAUUUAUGUCAAUUCGAGCUAGCUGUACUGCAUUUUACAUUCUCCCAAACUGGCCUUAUCGGGUGUUAGCAGUCAGGCUGAGCAAACGGUAAGUGGCUGUAGGCUUUUCCCUUCAUAAAGUGAGAAAGGCUGAUUUAAUCGAGUAUACAAUCGAAAUAAAAUUACGCACAAUGCACUGAAGUGGAGCACUGUUUGCUCCACACCGUAGGGAUAUAGCUUUGUCUCAAAUCUAUUGACUGUUACUCGGGUUACUGACAAUAGUUAGCUCGGCGUUUGAAAAUAGAAUACACUCAAAGACUUUCGGUUCAUAAAAUUGCAUUCGAAACGUCUCUGUUCCAUGAGAUGCUCACAGGAUCCUUUGUUCGUAUGGUAACGUUAUAAUGUAUUUAAUGAUCUCUAUAUUUCAUUUAUGUCCUUUAACUCUCGCAUGUACCACGGACGUUGAAAAUGUACACAAAUUAAUGCAUUGCUUCCCUGUUUUCUUUUGGCCAACAGAUAGAAAACAAGGAAGAACUGGACCGGGCCAUUGAGCGCUACUUUGAGUUGGCAGAUGCUACCCAAUUCGUCAAAUUACACUGCAAAGAUGCAGUCAUUGAUAUUCCAGCGCACGAAAUGCUGCUAAGACCCAAAGAAACCCUGCGGAAAUUAUGUGAUCACUUGGGAGUGUCCUGCCCUAAAAAUUACGUGGAAAAAUGUCGAGAGGUUUUGAGAGCUCCUUCGGUGACGAGGGAUAAGGUACUUUGGACCAAUGAACAAAUAGAGCGCGUAACAAAGAUGAUGAAAGAUUAUCACUUUCUAGAAAAAUAUUCAUUUGACGAGCUUCCUAAGUAAUGUCUUCAGCCACUACAGGGACGAGUGUUUUGAUUUCACUUUGGACAUUUGCCAAUUACCCCCAUUUGCAAAUAUGAAAUAUGAAAAUGAACCAUACUGCUUUUUCAAUCAAUCAAUGCCAGUCAAACUUGCAACUGCAAAGCAUGCACACGUCACCUUGCUUCAAGUUAAUAUCGGGCUGGCUAUAGCCAGCUCCUUGACAGCACGCAUUUCAUCUUGUUGGGCUUUUCUGCAAAGAAAAUGACCAGUUUUUAGCUGCAAAAAGCACUCUUUUGAUCCACUCCAUGAUCCCUCUGGUUUUACACCUUUAGGCUCUGACCUGUCAUCAAGGACCCUGGCCACUAUCCCGGAACCACCUCGUUCCCAGGGCUCUUCCCCUAGACGUUGGAAGGGAAAAGCCCUGGGAACGAGGUUGGGAAUUCCUUCGAGCACCUCUUAGCUGUUCCCUUUGGGUUAAAUAAACGCAGCUGCAAGUCGAAGUACAUGUAAACAUUGAAUGUUGAAACAGAUUUACUGUAGAUAAAAAACCGCCCCUUAUGCUCCAGACCUGUUUGAUAGCGCGCAGAUUCUCGGCGUUGUGGGAAGGAUCGGAGUACGUAACUAACUGUUUGGGUGAUCUAAACGGUGUAAACCCCGCGGAAAAAACCUGUGUCGGCUGAUGUGCGAAUUGGAGCUAACUCAAAGUGAAAGCAAGUUACCAUCUUUACGAUUCUUAUAGCCACAAAGUCUGACGUGUGUGAUGCUUUUCCCUUAGACUGAAAUUGACAGCAGAAAGAAACCUAGGAACGGCAUUACUGUAUAUGGAAAGAAGUCUGUGGGUCCGUGCACGUGCAGCUGAAAUACUAACCUCGUCCUUUUACUAAAUACCACCUUACAUAGGUCCAUCUCCUCUUUAAUCAGCGUCUGUUUCCAAGAUGAUAACCAAAGACGGUUAGAGAACGAGUGCACGUUUAAUCCUAUCUAUAACAGAAUUCUCGAUCGAGGUUGGUUCUCCGAGAGCCUAAUCCGCGUCACGUAAUGGGUGCGCGAUUACGUGGGUGUCUAAUUACAGAUAUCCAAUAACAACUUUUUGUAACUGGAUGCCCACGCCAUUCACACGUCAAUAACGCGCGCUU